CACCCUAAAGUCAAACCAUCAAUAGAUGUACGUUUAAUUUCAUUAUAUGUAGUUGAUUGUUUCAUCAUGGCCAGAUUUAUGUUUAACGUCAUAUUGCUCCUGGAACUCCACGCCUACCUAGUGUCAUCUCGUGGCAUCGUGGACAGGACUAUGCCAACUAACAUUAGUUGCAAGUUAGACAUUGACGGCGCUGAAGCCCUGGAAGUAAUCCAAAGAGAAGGAAGUGUCUACAUCAACAUGGACUUGAAGUUUGUAAACUCAUACGGCAUCGAAAUUGAUCAAAUCUUGGAUAAAACUGGUACGAUCGUCAACAUUAGACGCUGGGUAUUAGCCAUUGGAACCAGGGGUGUUCAACUAUUAAAAUACCCACAUAACGCUGAGCGCCUCUCCCUUGGUACACUUAAGCCGGGUGUGGAGAGAGUGUCGUUGAAAGUUUUAUUGUCAAAGGACUGUUUCCAGAACGCUGAUGAUGAUAAAAAGCUUGAUAUAAUUGCAACAUCACUCGCAAAUUUCCAAUCAACAGAGGGCUUAAAACUGGACCAGGCUAUUUGCUUGGAACAGCUACUAGUUGUACCUACUUCAAGUGUUAUAUUUCCCUCUAAGAAAUUUUAUUUUGAUUGUUGGAGAAUUGUAAUAACGAAUGAGUAUUACACAGAUAAACCAGGUAGCAGGAUUGGUAUCUUAGGCAUAGGUGUAUUACUCUAUCUCAGUUUCUUCCUUCUGUCGUUCUUUUGUCGAAAUUCACCGUUAGCAGAAAAUGAAAGGACAGAGUAUAUAAGCCUAAGUACAGAUCUCAAUAUCGGUGCUAAAUACGUUUUAUUUUUUGCAGGUAAUAAAUGCUUCUUUUCUAUAUUGUAUAUUCUGCGCUGCCUUGUUUACUUAGGCCUAUGGCAGAACUUGCCAUUGAUAAUGAAUUAUAUUUUAGUCGAUGAGGAACAUAGAUCCACUGAUUAUUUAUCUUUAUCAAUACUCUUUAAUCUAGUCUUUAUAAUUUCUACAACAGUAGUUUUGUACGUGUAUAAACGCUUCACCAGAAACAAUCCUGACUCUAAAAUACUGAACAAAAUAUAUGAAGCUUUAAAUCUAGAUUUCGAUAUACAUAAUGAUUCGCACUUAAGUGGGUUCCACAAUACAGUAAAUACUAUAAACCAGGUAAUGGUAACAUUACUAACCUUAAAAUUUUGGCGAAGUGUUUGGAGACAAACACAACAGAAGUAUAAAUGGAUGCCAUUGAUCAUUUUAUGUUUCGUUUGCAAGUGUAUAUUAAUUAUAAUUAUUACUAGUCCGUUAAUUUCGAUGUCUAUACAUGUUAUAAGUCCAAAAAGAAAUAGAAUUAGGCGCCCGUUAAUUUUAUUCUACUUAAUAUUUAACGUUUGUUUUAUUGGGCUUACAUUGUAUAAGGUGGUGAUAAACCUCUUGGAAAUUCUAUAUUACUUUUUCAUAGGACUGUUGACAAACUCAGCUUAUAUUUUUAAUGUUGUUUUUGUUUCUUUUUUUAUCAUUGUAUAUUGUUUUAAAACUGUAACUGACUUUAAUUCCAGUUACGUAAAAUUUCUGAGACAGGUUAUAGAUUCAAUGGAUAAUGUUGUUGAAAAACAUACAGCAGAGCCAGAGCAGGCACUUGACGGUGAUAAUAGGAGAGGUCAACAUUCUGAUCUUUAUAUAAAGAGAAAUGGUCUGACGUACAUUAAAAAGGAUUUUUUUGAUGAGAAUAUCAAAAAGUACAGACCAGUAGGUCCUAAGACUGUGGUUAUGCUUCUGAAGUUAACCGUAAUUAGUUUAGUUAUAUAUAUUGCAGCUGAUACAUUGGAAUCUAUCGACCAAAUACAUAGCUUAAGCGUUGAAGUUAGGUCAAUUCCUGUCAUUUUCUUUCCUCUCGUUAUUCCGUUUUUCUGUAAUAUUAUUAAGAAUGAAGCGCAAGAAGAAAACGAAAUAGAAGUGCUAAAAGCUCGAAUAGAACAGGACAUUCAACAAAGACUAAAAGCUUCCAUAGAAAACGACAGUGAACACCCAUACGAACAUGAAACUCAGGUUUAAACGGAAUAUUCUUGUUUCAUGUGUGUUAAGCAUAAUCCUUAAAAAUAGGUCUCCAUUAUUUGGAUCCAAAAACCAGAAUAAGUAUUUGUUUAAUUGAUUCUAAUACGAGUGUAAGUAGGAUUAUGCUAUGCAUGUAGUCUUAAUCGCAAAAUAAAUGACAUAUGAUAUCAUUAUAAGGAAAAUUACUUAAAAUUCAAUAGGCCUAUUUACAGUCUAUUAAGUGUUUGCUUUUACUUUGUUGCUUGAUAGAAUACAUUGAAAACAAUGUCAUACUGUAUAUUAUAUCCGGUGGCGGUUUCACAGAACACAUAUAUGUAAAUAUUCUAUUUGAGAACUUCGUUCAGUUUCGGAUGCGUUAUCCUAAAAAACGAUGAAAAAAACACAAACCAGAACGUUAAUAUCUGUUGAAAACCUAAAAACUUCCCAAAUUAUAC